AUGCGUCAUCUUGAGCGAAGGAAGAGAUUCGAGAAUCCUCCCGACGUAAGAUCACCCCCAACAUCCCCAAUAGUAAUGCUCCGUGUGGGACCCCAAAAACGCCUCUUCGCGGCCCACGAAGCAAUCCUGAGCGCAUCACCAUUCUUCGCAGCCCAAGUCCAGUCUCAAGCCCAAACUCAAACACCGACCCCAAGUCGCACCCGCACACCUCCCCGCCAUCCAAACAAGCUCAUCGACCUACCAGAUGAACAAGCCGAGGUCUUAUCCUGUGUCCUGGAAUUCCUCUAUAAAGGAGAUUAUUACCCGCGACUGAGACACAACGCCACAAAACGAGCCUGGGAGCUCGAGGAUGUAGACACUGAUACUGCAGGCAGUGAUGGAGAUGGAGAAUUGAGCCAGGGUGCAAUGGCAACAGUGUAUCAUCAUCUGGCUGGGUGUGUUAUUUUGCGGGAUACGGCUAUUUACUGCGCCGCCCAGAAAUACAACCUCCCCGUCCUCCAACGCCUCUCCCUCCGAAAACAAGGCCUGCAUACAAACAUAUCCUGCAGCACGAUCCUGGCCAGUGCGCGCUUUGCAUAUGAGCACACACCAGAUACAGAGUCGAGGCUGCGAGCCCAUUAUCUGGCGCUGAUUGUUAGGUCGCGGUCUACAUUCAUGCGGAGUGGGACUAUGCAGAUGGAGAUGGAGCGUGGGGGGUUGUUGUUUUUUGAUCUUUUUGUUGCUUUGUGUAACCAUAUGGAUGAUUUUGAGACUGAUAAUUAA